CUAAAUAUUUAUUCUGUGAAUUAUAUCUUCCACUUCAGACAAUAUAUUCAGAUUACAGUCAGAUUUAAUUAGAACGUUUUUUAGUAGCAAAUAUUUUAAAUUUUGAUAAUAAUGGAUAAAAUCUGAUAAUAAAAUAUUGUAUAAACUUAAUCAAUCUUGAAAGAUAAAUCUUGUCAGUUAGUAGUAGAAGCAAAUACUUCGUGAAGUGAUCAUGCAGUAAUAUACAAUGGGUGGUGGUAGUUCAAAAAAAGGACGUGAAGUGAGUGUUAACGAUGAGUUAUCACAAAACAAUAAUAACAGUGCAGUGAAUAAUACAGACAACAAUGAUAACAACAAAGUUUUAGAUUUAAGUAAACUAGACUUACAAUACAUUGAAACGAUUCGAAAGGAUUUUCGUGAGACCCCCGAGUUAUUUUUGUUGAACAACGUACUUAUGUGUGUUAUGUUCUUUACGGAUUACAAAAAGUUUUCAGAGGAACAGAUCAAACACAAGUUAGUUAAACAAAUUGACUGCCUAGCACCCGAUAUUAUUUUCGAAGAAGUUAAUAAAAAUAUCACAUAUCGUCCUCAUCAUGGAACAAAGAAGCACCAGUCAGAACCGCUAAUACCGAAACGACUAUAUGUACUUAAUGAUGAAGUUAAAGUACUUGGAACUAUAGAAGAUGCUACGAAUAUAGAGGAUGAGGACAAAACUGUUGUGAGGAUUGAGGAAUCUCGAAAAAGAGGAUACAUAAGACUUAAGGAAAUAGUUGAAAGGCCUACCUACAGUGGUUCACCCGUACUUACCUUAGAUGAUAACUCAGAACCUAAUUCAAGAAGUUCUAACGACUCUUCUGAUACUGCUUAUACUAAUUUUACAGACUUAAGAACUCCAACUCCCAUGGACAUAUUAAAUGGUCUGAAGAGACAAUCCUCAAAAUCUGUUGCUUUGCCAAAAACUUGUAUAUCAUAUCGGAAAAUUAAAAAGAUUUCAUGGGACUCGGAUGAAUUAAGAGGUGAAAAAAUUUCCGAGGAUGAUUUAUACGAUACAGUUUCUUAUAUAAAUUCGAAGAGUUUUAGAAAGUACUCACAAAACGAUACAUUGUUAAGUACAGCUGCUUUAUAUUUGGAUAUACAAGAAGAAGAUAUUCAGGAAACUCAAAUUAUACAAGAAAAAGUUGUAUUUGACACCAUUACAAGUGAAAAGAAAAUACCAUAUGAAAUUAUACCUUCUAUAAAGGCCAAAUGGCCACUAGAACAAACUUUGGAAUUCGCGACUAAAGGAGAAAGAUCUUCCGAAGGUAAAAAAGUAUGUAUAUUUCCUACAUCAAGUAUGGUAGAAGAAAUAAUAACCUUAGAUUGUGUCCUGCUACCUAAAGGUUAUUCAUACAAAAGAGGUGAAUAUAAUGACUCUGAUAUUGAAUGGGAACUGUGUUUUCCCCAAGCACAAAGAUAUCUGGAAAGUUUCAUGAGUCAUGCUCAAAUGAAAAGCUUGAUCAUUCUUCUAACACUUCAUAAAACUUUCAUAGAACCUCAGACUGCGCAUUUAGGUCUCACGGCCGAUCAUAUAAGAAACUUCAUCUUUUUGGAAUGUGAGUCCCAUUAUAGUGACUGGGCAGAACAUAGGCUAGGUAUUAAAUUGUUGAAAGUACUCAAACGUCUUCAUACACAUCUAUCACAAGCUAAACCAUGUAUUCCAGACUUUUUUGUUACCAAUAAAAAUACUUUAAGUGAAGUACCUAUUAGAAAAAUAAGAAGAGCUCUAAUGGCUUUGGAUGAAAUUUUACAAUCUCCCCUGAUGUACUUCAUAAAAGCCUUACGAAAUCUUAGAUAUACAGACGGGAGAAAUUUCUUCCCUCCUUUAAAUUUUAAACAGUUGCACGAUCUGCUAAAUAAAUCUGGGUUGGAAUUCUCCAAUCCACAACUUGCGUCAAGACUCCGCAAGAAACCACGUUUCACUGAUACAGAAGCGAUGGUAAGUCACUUACGAGAUGCCAAAAAGCGCCAGAAAAUCUUGAGACAGAGGCAAGAGGAAGAAGAAAGGGAAAAGAAUGACAAAGAUGAUCAACCUAGAAAAGGAUCUGUUGAUUCAAUAAACAUGGAAUGGAUAUGUGAGAAACAAUUCAACCUCCAAAAGAAACGUGCUCUCUUAAAAUUCUUCAUUGAUACCUUCAUUGAAAUAGCAGAGAAAUGUCUCACAAUUUCGUCAAAGAAAAAUACUUUGUUCUACAUAAAACAAGCUUAUUACUUGUCCACAAUUCUUCGCGAAGAAUGUGCAGCAUUUGCAGGUGAUGCGUACGAAUAUAAUGAAAAAAUUUUCGAAUUAGAAGCAAAAUGUAACCUGUUGGAAAAAGAGCAAACGGUUGAUGAGAUCAAGGUCGAAUUCGUAAAGAAUCCAAAGAAAUUGAAUGCAAAUGUUAAACAUGACAAGGAAAAUAGUGUAGACAAUGGUAGUGUUCCCCCAAGGAAAAGUGUUACUUUUGUUGAAGUGCACAGUUCCACAUAAUAUUAGUGUAGUUGUUCCAUUAAAUCUUUACACAAACGUCAUGAUUCAUUUGCAAACAAGGUAUAAGUGAAACACUAAGUGAAACGUACGUCGAUAUUUAAUUAUCAGUAGUAAUUGCACAAGAGCUCUAAAAUUAUUGAAUUUUUCCCUAGUGACACUUUGACAGUUUUAAUUUCACGAGCCGAAAGCGAGUGAAAUUAUGUCAAAGUGUCAAAAGGGCAAAUUAGUACAAUUAAACAAACAGUUGUUAUAAAUAUUAAUUUGACGGUUGAAAGUCAUCACUUUUAUAAUUUUUAAAACAUUAAUUGUCAUUAAUGUCACUGAAUGUAUUUUUUCGUAGCAACGAAGGGCAUCUGACGUAAUAUACUUGACGACGGGAAAUUAUCAAAAAUUAUCGAUUUAAUUUAGAUUUCUGUAGCUUUCUAUUGGUCAUAAUCUCCUAUGAAUGAAAUAAUCAGUAGUAAUUGCACAAGAGCUCUAAAAUUGUUGAAUUUUUCCCGAGUGACACUUUGACAGUUUUAAUUUCACAAGCCGAAGGCGAGUGAAAUUAUGUCAAAAGUGUCACGAGUGCAAAAAUUAUAUAUUAAUUUUAGAGAUCGAGUGCAAUUUGUUGCGAUUAUUUCAUGAAUAAAACUGUUCAAAACCAAAAUUGUAUUGUAAUUUAUUUAUGUAAGUACAAAUUAGUACAAUUAAACACACAGUUGUUAUAAAUAUUUUACUGUUGAAAGUCAUCACUUUUAUAAAUUUUAAAACAUUAAUUGUCAUUAAUGUCACUGAAUGUAUUUUUUCCUAGCAACGAAGGGCAUCUGACGUAAUAUACUUGACGACGGGAAAUUAUCAAAAAUUAUCGAUUUAAUUUAGAUUUCUGUAGCUUUCUAUUGGUCAGAAUCUCCUAUGAAUGAAAUAAUCAUUAAUAUAUACUGUCAAUGUAAUAAUUAGGAAAUGGCUUUUAUCGUUGGACGUAUUUUAUAAAAUUAUAUUGUACAUUUAUACUUAACUUGUUAUAAUAUAUUUAACACAAUAUAAGUUUAUAAAAUAAACACAAUGUAAGUUAUAAAUUCCAAUAAACACAACAAAUGCGCUAAUGUCACUAUCACUGAAAGUGAUACACGUCAAAAUUCAUAGUAAACAAGGUAUCAAAGACGUGCCGUAUCGUUUAUCCUCGUUUAACUUAUUGUGGUUUCUAAGGACAAGCGGUUUAAUUUUGCAAUACUAGUUUCUGUGAGUAAAAAAGAGACCUAGUAUAAAAAGUAAUUCGUGAAUAAUUUCAUGCAUGUGUAAAGACAUAAGAUAUAAUGGAAGAACUAUAACAGAUGUGAUGAUAAUGUCUUAAAACUGAAUAUGUAAAGUUUGGUCGUUUAAAACGAUUCUAGUAAUAACUUUAUUAUAAGUCGAUUCGCUAACCUAAGACACAACUGUCUACACUACAAUCACAAUAAAAAUUCACUAUAUAGAAAUAAACAAAUCAAGACACGUUGAAUGUUCGAGGAGCACUCCCAAAUCAUGACUUGGGAGUGCUCUCGUGCUUAUUUAUUUCUAUUGCAUCUUUAUUGUGAUUGUAGUGUAGACAGUUGUGUCUCAGAUUAGCGAAUCGGCUAUAGUUAUGUAUUAUAGCAAUAACUUUAUAAGUUAUUAUUUAUAUGAGUUUAAUGUUAUAUUUAUACAGGGUGUUUCAUUGAGAAACGGAAAUACUUUAAUGGUGAAUAGAGGUCACCGAGCCGGUUCUAGGUGUACUACAUUUUUUGCCCUACCGACUUUUAUAAUCGAGUUACAGGGUGUUUUAUCGAUUUUGCCCAUUUCUUUCCUAAGCCGUAACUUUAGAACCACCCUGUAUAUUUUUUUGAUAUUUGGUACACAUAUGUCUCAUUCAAAAUCCAAACGACUGACAUACUUACUAUAAGAAAAAUCCAGGUCCGGAUUAACAAAAAAUUAUAAAGUAAUUUUGACCUUAAAACAACACCCUGUAUAUUCAAAUUUUGAAAAUCUGUUUGCAUAUUUGAAAAGAGCACAAAAAAGUAAGUUUAACGGUUUGCUUCAAUUUUUCGGCCAGACAAUUUUAUGACUUUAAUUUUGAAAUUAUAUUGAAUUUUUUAAGAACUCUGACAUGAAAAAGAAGAUAUUAUUAACUUUUAAUUAUAAAUUAUUAAAUUUAAUAAAUAAAUACUCAUUCUAAAUAUAAUCAAUACUUAUUUAGCACAUUGGAACGAUUCAAUUACUAAACGACCUAAGAAUCCAGGUCCGGAUUAACAAAAAAAUAUAAAGUAAUUGUGACCUUGAAACAACACCCUGUAUAUUGAAAUUUUGUAAAUUUGUUUGCGUAUUUUAAAAGAGCAUAAAAACUGCGUUAAAAGGUGCAUGUCAAAUUUUUGCGCAGAUAAUUUAAUUACGGCAAUUUUGAAAUAAUAUUGAUUAAUUCUGUCAAGGUCACAAGAAGCUGCCAGAAAACUGAAGAACAAUCCCAAGGUAAUUAGAAAUCGAUUCGAAAUCUUUUAAAACGAGCAAGGAAAUGCAUCGAACAAAAUGGCGGAUAUUUUGAGCAACUGUUAUAUUUCAAAUAUUUUUAAUUUAUGUUAAAUUGUUGAAUUGUUUAAUCGAAUUUUUUUUGUUAGAUAUAGCUGUUUUUUAAUUCUUUACUAAAUCAUUAAAAUAUCCCAAUUCUCGCAAUUUUAAUUUUUAAUGAUGUGCAUACAGCUACAAGUCCAGAGAAUAUAUGAAGCCAACGUAGUAAAUAAGUAUUAAGUAUUUUUAAAAUAGGUAUUGAUUCAUUAAUAUUAAAUUAUUAAAAGUUAAUAAUACCUGGUUUUUAAUCUCAGAGUUCUUUAAAAUUUCAAGGUAAUUUCAAAAUUGAUGUAAUUAAAUUAACGGCGAAAAAAUUAAAAUUAACCUUUAAUAAGAGUUUUUAUGCUCUUUUAAAAUGCGCAGACAAAUUUUCAAAAUUUCAAUAUAUAGGGUGUUCGUUCAAGGUCACAAUUACUUUAUAUUUUUUUGUUAAUCCGGACCUGGAUUUUUCUUGUCACUAGUAAUUUGGUCGUGCCAAUGUGGUAAAUAAGUGUUGAUUAUUUUUAUAAUGAGUAUUUAUUCAUUAACUUUAAUAAUUUAUAACUAAAAGUUAAUAAUACCUGCUUUUUAAUGUCAUAGUUCUUAAAAAAUUCAAUAUAAUUUCAAAAUUAAAGCCAUAAAAUUGUCUGGCCGAAAAAUUGAAUCAAUCCAUUAAACUUACUUUUUUGUGCUCUUUUCAAAUAUGCAAACAGAUUUUCAAAAUUUGAAUAUACAGGGUGUUGUUUUAAGGUCACAAUUACUUUAUAAUUGUUUGUUAAUCCGGACCUGGAUUUUUCUUAUGGUUAGUAUGUCGGUUGUUUGAGUUUUGAAUGAGACAUGUGUACCAAAUAUCAACCAAAUAUACAGGGUGGUUCUAAAGUUAUGGCUUAAGUAAAAAAUGGGCAAAAUCGAUAAAACACCCUGUAACGCGGUUAUAAAAGUCGGUAGGGUAAAAAAUGUAGUAUAUCUAGAACCGGCUCAGUGACCGCUAUUCACCGGUAAAGUAUUUCCGUUUCCCAAUGAAACACCCUGUAUAAAUGACAAUAAAAAGAAAUCCUUCAUUGAUGCGAAUGACUACUAGUUAGUUUUUUUGUGGGAAAAAUUGAAUAAAUAUUACAUGUAUAUUAGACCAGUAAGGAUUUGUUUUUAGGUGGAUGUGAGAGGUGGCAUUCAGAUUUUUGCGGAUAAAGUUAGGUGAUAACUUCGUUAAUAAUAAUUGAUUUAUGCUCCUUCUCAAAUAUGCCCGGAACAUUAAUAAAAAAAAAUAAAAUAUUUAAAAAUUUCAAAAAAUUUCGUUUUUUUUUCUACUUUUUUUCCUUGUAACUUUAAAACGAUUCAUUUUGGAACAAAGUCGUAUAGGAAUAAAACAAAGAUAAUUAAAUUUUCUAUCAGAUACGAUUGGUUAAAAAUGUCUUAAUUUAUCACCCUUGCGGCAAAAUAGCAAUAAAUAUCAAAUAAGGGGGCAAGACAAGCCUGUCCUUAUUCAAUGAUUUUCCAUCACUUAGGUUACACUUGGAACCCUCCUUAUUCGCUUAGAAAAUUUUUGUAAUGUGCUAAAACCGUACACCAAAUUUCAUUAAAAUUGACUUACUAGAUUUUGAAUAAUAAUUUUGCAAUCUAAACUUUUUUUAAAAAAUUAAAAUUUUUUAAAAUCUUGCACAACAAACACUGGAACAUACAAAGAUUUGUCAAUUUUUUACAUAUAAAGAAGCACUCCACCUAUCUAAGCACUUUACAGAAUUGAAAUCGGAUUGUUUAAGCAGCCUCAGCAAUGUUUUAAAGUUAUAAACAAUUUUUUGGCUUAUAAACAAAUUUGUCCUGAGGCCAGGAGGGGGUGCUACGGGCUCCUUUAUUUAGAUGGACUUACCCAAGAUUUUUAUGUAUUUUUUGACCCGUAGAACAUGAUUUUUUUGGGUAACAGUUGAUCCGGAUGUCGAUAACAUUGUUAUAAACAAAGAACUUGAGGAAUUACAUAACAUCGAUUUUUCGCAAAAUAAAACAUUUUUUUGUAUUUCUUGGGUAAUUCUAAGCAAAAAAUGUUCUUACAAGUUUUUUCGUAGGAUGCAUAGUUUUCGAGAUAAACGCAGUGGAACUUUCAAAAAUUCGAAAAAUUGCAAUUUUUGAACGCGAAUAACUUUUGAUUAAAAAAUAAAAUAGCAAUUCUGCUGACAGCAUUUGAAAGUUUAAGUCAAAUUAUACCGGUUUUAAUUAUUUGCAUUGCUAAAAAUUAAUUUUUUUAUUAUUAAACAAAGCUAUUUGUUUAUAAGCCAAAAAAUUGUUUAUAAGUUUAAAACAUUGCUGAGGCCCCUUAAAUAAUCCGAUUUUAAUUCUGUAAAGUGUAUUAGAUAGGUACAGCACCUCUUUAUAUGUAAAAAAAUUAGACAACUUCUAAAUGAACUUUUUGUUCAGAAAGAUUUUAAAAAAUUUGAACUUUUUUAAAAACAUUUAGAUUGCAAAUUUAUUAUGCAAAAUCUAUUAGGUCGAUUUUAAUGAAAUUUGGUAUACGGUUUAAGUAUGUUACAAAGAAUUUCCUAAGCGAAUUACUAAGGUUCUAAGUGCCACCAAAGUGGUUAAAAACAUUGAAUAACAACAGGCGUAUUUUGCCCCCUUAUUUUGUAUUUAUUGCUAUAUUGCAGAAAAGGUAAUACGUUAACGACAUUUUUGACCAGUCGUAUAUCAUACAAAAUUCAAUUAUCUUUAUUUUAUUUCUGUACGACUUUGUUCCAAAAGAAUCGUUUUAAAGUUAUAAGCAAAGAAAGCAGAAAAAAAUGGACGUUUUUCGAAAUUUUUAAAUAUUUUAAUUUUUUUAUUAAUGUAUAUAGAUCAUAUUUGAGAAGGAGCAUAAGUCAAUUAUUAUUACUGAACGUGUCACCUAACUUUAUCUGCAAAAAUCCGAAUGCCACCUUUCACAUCCAAAAAUAGACGUUUUUUCACAGACUCUUACUGGUCUAUAUACAGGGUGUCCCGAAAAGAUUGGUCAUAAAUUAUACCACACAUUCUGGAGUCAAAAAUAGUUCGAUUGAACCUAACUUACCUCAGUACAAAUGUGCUCAUAAAAAAAGUUAUAGCCCUUUAAAGUUACAAAACGAAAACCGAUUUUUUUUAAUAUAUUAAAAACUAAUAGAGAUUUUGUAUUGAAAAUGGACAUGUAUUAUUCCUGUAGCAAUAGCAUUUUAAAACAAAAUUAUAGUGAAGCUUGUCCACCCCAUAAAAAUUAUAUGGGGUUUUGUUCCCUUAAACCCCCCCAAACUUUUGUGUACGUUCCAAUUACUUCAUUAAUGUGAUACCAUUAGUUAAACACAACGUUUUUAAAACUUUUUUGCCUCAGUAUUUUUUCGAUAAUCCAGUUUUUAUCGAGAUGUGGCUUCUUUUUUAAUAUAUUUACAUAAAAAAUUUAUGGGGGUUUUGUUCCUUUAAAGCCCCCAAACGUUUCGUUCCAAUUAAACUAUUAUUGUGGUACCAUUAGUUAAACACAGUGUUUUUAAAACUUUUUUGUCUCUUAGUCUUUUUUUGACAAGUCGCCUUUUAUCGAGAUGUGGAUUCUUUUUCAAAAUAUACCUAAAAAUGCAAAUUAUAAAUAAAUUUUCAGAUUAUUAACAGGUCUCUAUAAUCGUACUUAACCAUAUACAAAUAUGUGGUGGAUUCGACAAAUAUUCAAAAUAUAUCGAUAAACACUGGCUUAUCGAAAAAGUACUAAGAGGCAAAAAAGUUUUAAAAACAUUGUGUUUAACUAACGGUGCCACAAUAAUAAUUUAAUUGGAACGUACACAAAAGUUUGGGGGGGUUUAAAGGAACAAAACCCCCAUAAAAUUUUUAUGGGGUGCACAAAUUUCACUUUAAUUUUUUUAUAAGAUGUUGCUGCCAUAAGAAUACCACAUGUCCAUUUUCAAUAAAAAAUCCCUAAGAGUUUUCGAUAUAUGAAAAAAAAUCGAUUUUCAUUUUGUAAGUUCAAAGGGCUGUAACUUUUUUUUGUGCACUACUGUAUAUAAGUAAGUGAGGUUCAAUCAACUUAAUUUUGACCCCAAUAUCUGUGGUAUAAUUUAUGACCAAUCUUUUCGGGACACCCUGUAUAUUUCCAACUUUUUUAUUUUUAACAUCUGUGUUGAUUACAGGCGCCAUGUGAUUUUACAAUAUCACCUUGUAAUAACAUAUAUGUAAAACAAAUAAAAAAUAAUCGAAAUGUAAUAUUUGUGUUCUACAAUCUAGUUUGUAUUUUGAUUAGAAGAUACUUAAGAUAUGAACGCACAAGCAACACUCUUUAUUUACGUAAUACUGUUUUGUUUAUGUCAUUGUUUAUUAUGUACACUAAGUUACUCAAAAGUAUGUACAUACACUCCAACUUUAAGGCCAACCAAUAACUAUAACAAAAACAAUGCUAGAAAAGAUAAAUACAUUGUAUUUGGAUAGGUUUUUAUUCAACUAAAUUUAUUUCCUUUAUUUAUUUAACUAAACUUCUUUCCUUUAUUCAACUAAAUUUAGUAGAAGAUAUUUUUUUCAAUUUUUUAAGUAUUUAUGUGCAAAUUUACAACCUGCUGUUGAAAGCUGUAAAUAAACGUAUUUUAAAAUA